AUGGAGUGUCCAAAUCAAACAGCGCCAACUGUGUUCAUCAUCUCUGGUUUCUCAUUCCCCAAUGAACUGAAGGUGCCACUGUUACUUUUCUUCUUGAUCAUGUACAUUCUGGCUCUUUGUGGAAAUUCCCUGAGUCUCUGGGUGGUGGCAUCUGAUGUCCAGUUGCACAAGCCCAUGUACUGGUUCCUCUGCCAUUUGUCCAUCCUGGAUAUGGCUUUCUCCUCCACUGUGAUCCCUAGAGUGAUCGCAGGGUUCUUCCCUGGUGGGAACAUCAUCACUUUUGAGGAAUGUUUAUGUCAGGUAUUCUUUUUGCAGUUUCUUGGAUGUGCUGAAAGUCUCCUUUACACCGUUAUGGCUUACGACCGGUUCAUUGCUAUCUGCAAGCCCCUCCACUACAGCCACAUCAUGCAUUGGAGAGUCUGCCUCACCCUCUGUUUGGGUUCCAUGAUCGGAGGCUGCCUGAACUCAGUGUUAGAGACGACCCUCACCUUUCAAUUGCCCUAUGGAAGGAGCAACCAGGUUGACUACGUCUUUUGUGACGUCCCUGCCCUGCUGAAGCUGGCAUGUGCAGACACAACUCUCAAUGAGAUGGUGAUCUUUGUGGAUGUCGGCCUGGUGGCCGUAGCCUGCUUCAUGCUUAUCCUGGCCUCCUAUUUCUAUAUCGUUUCCGCCAUUUUGAAGAUCAACAGCAGUGAAGGGCGUCGCCGGGCCUUCUCCACAUGCUCGGCUCACAUCACUUUGGUGAUGGUAUUUUAUGUGCCAGCUAUUUUCCAUUACAUGAGGCCAGGGUCUCAGGACUACAUGGAUAGUGUGGUGAGCAUGUUCUACACCACAAUAACUCCAUUUCUGAAUCCUGUCAUCUACACAAUCAGGAAUACAGAGAUGAAGGCUGCUCUGUUGAAACUAUGGGUUGGGAAUCCCAAGGAAACAGCAGCAUAG